AUGGCCGCCGUUCAAUUGUCAUUUGGUCUCCGUACCUCCUCCAGUGUCAAGACUGUCCACCUUCUUGGAUCAUGGGACAAUUACGCUGGACAACUUCCCCUUGCCAAGGAUAAGACUUCCUCCAAAUCAGGUUCGUGGAAGGGCACAUUCAGAUUCCAGGGCCAAACCCUUCAAUCUGGACAAAGAUACUGGUACUACUACAUCAUCGAUGGUUACCACGUCUCCCACGAUCCCGCACAAGCAUCCACCACCGAGCCAACCACUGGCCGCGUAUUGAACAUUCUCGAUGUCCCAAGCGAGAAGUCUUCUUCUUCCCACAAGUCUUCAUCCAAGAGCAGCUCCUCCUCCAAGCACUCUUCAUCAUCAAAAUCUUCUUCCCACUCAUCAUCAAAGCACUCCUCAUCUUCCCGCGACAAGCACUCAUCGUCUUCAUCUCGCCGCGAAUCCCGCCGUGACAACUUGAGCGUCGACAUCCCAAAAGGACGUCCUCUCUCAGUUUCCCAAAUCAAGUCACCAAAGCCAAUCACUCCACACGCCACCAAGUAUAUCUUGGAGUCCGACUACGCCGCACCAACCGUCGAGGAGUUGACAUCUCGCUUCAGCGCCUCCACCAUGAACGACUACAACGAUUAUGAGCUUGCCUAUUCACCAUCAUCGUCUGUAGGCUCCAGUCUCUCCAGCCGAUCCGACAGCAGCUCCCCAAGCUCCAACAGUUCCCUCAGCGACUACAGCUCCUCUUCCUUGGGCUGCUCGUGCGAGAGAUACGGCAUCACCCGCUCAGGUGACCGCGUCAAGCUCGACUGCGGUGGAUCGCGAUGUGGAUACGGCGAUGACUCCAGCUCAUGCUGCUCCUCGGACGAGGAAGAGAAAUACGUUCCCGCCAGCUCCCGCCGUCACGGUGUGGUCAUCCGAAGAUGA